AUGCCAGUCCCAGAUACCUCCCCAGUGGUACCGUCCAGCCCUGGCGAUACGAAAGAUGUCAACCCAGCCGUGCGCAACGCCGUCCGCCUCUGUCUCAGCGCGAAAGAGUAUCGAGUACUGUAUGACAUUGCCGUCAAACGCGCCCCAGUUCUGAAGAACAAACUACCUUCGUCUCUACGUGAUGACCCGGCUGCAUUAUCACGGAACCGCCAUAGCCUGACGGCUGUCCGCGCAUCGCUGCGAGUCCUUGUUGGCUCGAGCGUCGCGUUAAAGCUGGCGGAGAUGAUCAUGAGUCGGAUACGAGGUGAUGGAUCAAAGAAGACUCGCACCCCCCUUCUCCGCUCUCCAAACUUCCGCCUCUCCUUCUCUCUAUCUCUCUUACUUCUCCUCCACCGUCUUUUAUAUCGAUUUCUCGUGAGACUGCGCGCGAAUCUCGGCACCGAUGACGCCCAUUCAUUCCGCGAGCGAAACCCGCGUAUCUCGCGUGCUUUGACGUCGCAAUAUGCCCCCGCCAUCGGGGCCAGUCUGGCGGGCUUUGCGCUGGGCAUUGCCCCGCAGGAUCAGCUCCGACUGACUGCUGCCAUUUGGACUUCUACUCGCAGUUUGGAGUAUCUCUUUAAUGCGAUGGAUUCGAAGGGGUGGCUUGACGGGCGCCCGUGGUGGUUCGGCAGCUGGCUGCUGAUGCCGGUUUCGUGUGCACAGCUCUUCCAUGCGUUUGUUUUUGAUCGCGAGACGACACCAGGUUUAUAUCCCCAGCCGACCGGAGUCGCUCCCCGUCAACAUCUCCUGGCCGGAGAAGGAGGAGAUUGUGGACUCGCUCGCAUCUAUUGCGGAUCUGCGCUGGCCGUAAGCUCUAUUAUGCAGCUUGCCAUGGUAUAUACUGACGUGGUUUCUAGGGCAUUUGUGUCUCCGAUCCUUCACCCGACCGACCCAAACACCUUACCGGCAGUUGUCAAGUCUCUUUCCCCCAUUACUGGGCCUGCCCAUCCCUUGAUCACGAGUCUAUCUUGCGCAGUUCUCCACCCGAGUCUGCCCAACUGCAGCACAGCGUUCUUGCAUCACAUCCUACUCUCGGUGCCUCUGCUCGCCCGGUUCCUCACAACCGUUACGCUGGCACUCAGCAUCCCCAAAUUCAAGAGCAUUCUCGCACAGCCUAUUACAUCUAUCAACACCAUCUCUAAGAAGAUUAUCAUGCUGACAGCUGUUCUCUCCGCUGCUAUUGGUUCCGCCUGGGGCAGCGUCUGCUUGCUGAACAGCACGCUUCCCCGAUCAACGCUCCCCACCAAGCGCUUCUUCCUGAGUGGUGCAUUGGGCGGUCUACCAUUCUUAGUCCUGGGUAACAGCCGCAGCUUGUUCACGUACUUCUUCCGUGCAGCUCUUGACUCGGCCUGGAAGACAGGAGUCAAGCGCGGAAUGUGGAAGGGUGGACGUAGCGGUGAGUUGGCACUCUUUGUCUUAUCUUGGGCGCUGAUAGGUUCAAUCCUGGAAGGAAACCCAGAUGCGGUUCAGGGUGGCGGUCUGCGAAAGGGAUUGACCUGGCUGCGGGGCGAUGGAUUCGUCGAUCCUGUAGAGGUUGAGAAGCGCAAAGCUCGACGAGCGAAGAAGGUAGAUAACUGA